CUCCAGUCACUCCCGUCGAGUCCCGGGCUCCCCCGGGAGCCACGGCCAAGGUGCUUUGCCUGGGCUACGUCGCUCUGCAGCCGCGCGGGCUCAGCCUCCCUGCCAGCCGGGCCCUGCCCGCGGCCCGGCCCCUCCCGUCCCGCCGCUCGCUACCUGCGCGGCCGGGCACGGGCCCGCGCUCCGGGGGCGGAGGGCAGGGGAGGGGCCGGGCGGCGGGGCUGGGCCGCGGCGGGGCAGCUUGCCGCUGGCCGCAAGGGCUGCUGUGGGGCUGCGCGCCACUCUCCGCCUCAGCCGAGCCGCAGGUGGGGCGGGGAGGCUGCCGUGUCCCCCAGCCCCCGGGGGGCGCUGCCAUGAGGUGAGGCCCUGGGCGCCGCGGGCGGGCGGACCGUGACCGGGAACGGGCCCUCCUCUCCCCGCCGCCGGGGCCGGGCAGCCCAGCGCGGGCUCCGCGCAGGUGGGAGCGGCGGCAGCCCCCGCCCGCCGGUGGGAAGCGCGGACUUGGUGGGAGCCGGGGGUGUUUCUGCCUCUCCCCUCCCCUCCUCCGCGGCCCGGCCCGCGCUGGCCCGGCGCCCGCCGCGCCGGUGGGGCUGCCGCGGCCUGACGAACGGUGCCGUUUGCUUCCCCUUUGCCGAACUGCAGGGAGCGGGCGGCGGCGGGCAGCGGCGGCGGGCAGGAGGAGCUGCCGCCGCCCUGAGGUGGCGGCGGCCCCGAGGAGCGGGCGAUGGACGAGGGCGAGGCGGAUCUCUCCAGCAGCAGCGCGGCGCCGCGCUGGAAGAGGAGGUCGACCCCUCGGCCGCAGCCCCGCGGCUGGAGCAAACCCCGGCCCCAGUCGUACCAGAGCGCCAACGGGGUGCUCUUCACCGACUUUCCCGUGGAGGACAGGUGCACCUUCACCGUGACUCAGCCCGCCGGCACCGUCAGCACCUGCCCGGGUAGCGGAGCGCUCCGGAGGGGCCCCUCGUUCUUCAACUCCAGCGUGGGAUCGGUGGCUAACGGGAAGGCACAACCUCCAGCCGGUAAAGCCGCCUCCCCCGAGCUGUCCCCUGAGCGGUCCUCCCCGCUGCUGGCUCUGGUUUCGAACAGUUCUGUCGGUUUUACUGCCAACGGCACCAUUACCUCAGCGGGAAGCCAACUGGGCCGUCCCCUGAUGAUUUCCAGCCCGUCAGCGCUUACCCCGCGGCAGGAGCGGAUUGUUUUUACAUCCAGCCCCCAGCCCUCACCGACGGGAGACGCGCCCUCCCCCGCUAACAGCAACGCGCUGCCCCCGCAAUGCAACCGGCUUACCAAAAUAGCAGAAAAAGUGCCGCCGGGGCCCCCCGGGGUAUCGCCGGCGAUGUCCCCAGAGCAAGGCGGAGCUCCUCAGAGGCCCGCGUCCCCUCAGGAGCAGCCCGUGGUGCUGAGCACCAACAGCCCCGCCGCUCUCAAGGUGGGCACGCAGCAGAUCAUCCCCAAGAGUUUGGCUUCUGAGAUCAAGGUGACGAGCAAAGCCAACAGCCAGAACGCGGAGACGAGCAGGAGGGUGCUGAAGGUCCGCAGCAUGGUGGAGAGCCUCAGCCUGCCCUUGGUCGCCGAUGCUGAGGAGGAGGCCGAGGGCGACCUGGACAGCCCGGGCACCCUGAGGCGAGGCCUGAGGUCGACGUCCUACCGCAGAGCGGUGGUGAGCGGCGUGGACUUCGACGGCUCUGCUAAUUUUAAGAAAAAAAACAGAAUGUCCCAGCCCAUACUUAAAGCGGUUGUGGAAGAUAAAGAGAAAUUUUCGAGCCUGGGGAGGAUAAAGAAGAAAAUGCUGAAAGGACAAGGGACGUUUGAUGGGGAAGAAAAUGCUGUAUUAUAUCAAAACUAUAAAGAAAAAGCUCUGGACAUAGAUUCUGAAGAAGAGUCUGAGCCCCGAGAGCAGAAAUCGGAUGAAAAGGUUGUUUUUCACUAUAAACCCCUGAGAUCAACAUGGAGUCAGCUGUCCGUUGUAAAGAAGAAUGGAUUAUCAGAAGCCAUCAGCCAGGAAGAAAGAAAAAGACAGGAGGCAAUAUUCGAAGUGAUAUCUUCUGAGCAUUCUUAUUUGCUGAGCUUGGAGAUUCUGAUCCGGAUGUUUAAAAAUUCCAGGGAACUGAGUCUCACAAUGACCAAAACGGAAAGCCAUCACCUUUUCUCCAAUAUAACGGAUGUUUACGAAGCAAGCAAAAAGUUCUUUAAAGAACUAGAAGCAAGACAUCAGAACAACAUCUUUAUUGAUGAUAUUAGUGAUAUAGUUGAAAAGCAUACUUCUUCAACGUUUGAUCCAUAUGUAAAGUACUGCACUAAUGAAGUCUAUCAGCAGCGAACACUGCAGAAAUUACUAGCCACAAAUCCAGCAUUUAAAGAGGUGUUAUCACGGAUCGAGUCCCAUGAAGAUUGCCGGAAUUUACCAAUGAUCUCUUUCCUCAUUCUUCCCAUGCAGAGAGUUACUCGUCUUCCCUUACUGAUGGAUACGAUUUGUCAGAAAACUCCUAAGGAUUCACCAAAAUAUGAGAACUGCAAGCAAGCUCUAAAAGAAGUGAGCAAGUUGGUGCGUUUAUGCAACGAGGGUGCUCGGAAAAUGGAAAGGACAGAAAUGAUGUACACAAUUAACUCCCAACUGGAAUUUAAAAUCAAGCCAUUUCCAUUGGUUUCGUCUUCACGAUGGCUGGUGAAAAGGGGCGAAUUAAUGGCAUAUGUAGAAGACACCGGACUUUUUUCUAAAAGAACUUCUAAACAGCAGGUUUACUUCUUCCUCUUUAAUGAUGUCCUCAUUAUCACCAAGAAGAAGAGUGAAGAGAGUUACAAUGUCACAGACUAUUCGUUAAGAGGCCAGCUGGUGGUACAACAAUGUGACAGCGAGGACCUGACUUCUUCUCCUGUAAAGAAUGCUUCAGCAAUGCUCUACUUGCGGCAGAGUUCUGCAGUUUACCUCUUCCGACUGGCUGUCCUCAGUAACCACGCAGGAGAGAAGGUGGAGAUGCUCCUGGGAGCAGAGACUCAGAGUGACAGAGCUCGCUGGAUUACAGCGCUUGGACAGGACAGAGACGGGCAGAAAACGGACAGGACGACUUUGACUCAGGUAGAGAUCAUCCGAACUUACACAGCAAAGCAGUCAGAUGAACUGUCUCUUCAAGUUGCUGAUGUUGUUUUGGUUUAUCAAAAAGUAAAUGAUGGCUGGUACGAAGGGGAACGACUGCGGGACGGCGAAAGAGGUUGGUUUCCCAUGGAGUGUGCUAAAGAAAUCACGUGUCGUGCCACGAUUGACAAGAACAUGGAGCGGAUGGGACGCCUGCUUGGACUUGAAACCAACGUGUAGACUGUUUUUGCUUCUUCAUACUACUCUACAGGAUUUGCACUAACUGCUGUUGGUGGGGGCACAGGGCCGUGCCCUACAGCUCUCGCAUGGAAGAGUGGGUCACCAAUGCAACAAAUCUAGUAACAGAGCACUGAUAUUUCAGAUACGCAUCCCUUUUUGCUUUGUGUUUUGAGAGCUCUGAGCUGAAACCUGGCUCGACCAGUAGCAGAUUUCAACUAGAAGUAGUUUCUUAGGCACUGGAGAUCAGCCAUGCAUCUCCCUGGCUCAAAUUUCAGUUUCAACUUUAGUUCCUCCAUUCCUGCCUUUUUACAUAUUUCCAUCUGUUUUUGAGCAUCUUGACUUUCUUUCAGAAGCAGAGCUCCGUGUAGCAGUCUGUGUAGGAGACCAAACACCAGAAACUCGCCCAAUCCAUUGAGGUGGAGGUGAAUAGCAGUAUUGGGAGUUUCCUGCUUCUAAGAAACUGCAGGGUUACAUGCGCGGUAUCAGAGACUAUGUUCAUGGCUUGCUUCCCUGUUGUGUCAAAAUCUGUGUGUAACCUGAACUAGCAUAACCAACCCCAUAAUUCCUAAAGGACUACCUCUCCAGCACAGAUCCAGGGAGGUCCUAGGCUUUGUAAGAAGUAAUUAGACCUCUCCAAUUGAUGUUAGCAAGGCUGACAGAAGCUCCAGGGGAAGAAUCCAGAGAAAUGCCUCCAGUGAUGGUGGUCUAUAGUACGGUGUGUUACUCAUUCAGGCAGCUCAGACUUUUUCUCCUUCUAGUGCUGCAGUCGUGAAAGGAUUUCUGAAAGCAAGAAAGAGGUACCAAACUCUGCAAAAUAUAGUGUUGAUUAUCUUGGUCUCA